AUAUAUUUUUUAAACAGUUAGGUAUCCCGAACUAUCAAAAAGCAAAAAAACCGACUGUAAAAGAUUAACAAAUCGUGAGAAUCAUUAAAAACCAGAGAGACCUCACUUAUUGACCCGCCAUAACGCAAAGGAAGUUCUUACAAUUAUAAUUAUAAAGUGAUAAAAGCAAAAGCUAAAGAGCAAUAUAUAAAUAGCAUUAAUGAAUAGUUAUGAAAUUCUACUAAAUUGCAUUGCAAUAGUCAUUUGAAUUGUUUAUAUAAAGGAGCUUUUCGUUAAGUGGAUCAGAGUUACUUUUCCUGUGCUAUUGAAACGAUAUCAUAGUGACAUUGAGAAGUUUAAAACCAUAUAUACAUAUACACACACACAUAUAGAUUAUCCAAAAGAAAUAAUUAAAAUUAUGGAUGAUAAAGAAGUAUUUGGCUCGCGGAAAAGUAUUGAUUCAGGCGAGGAGAUUGUUAUUUCUGGAAUUGCUGGCAAAUUUCCAAAUUCAAAUAAUAUACAACAGUUACGAGAAAAUUUAUUUAAUAAAAUCGAUCUUGUUGGAAUGGAUCAUGGCCGAUGGAAAAUAGAGCAUCCGGACUUACCAAGCCGUAUGGGAACAAUUAAUAAUGUAGAAAAAUUUGAUGCGGACUUUUUGGUAUCUUUCGAGCAAGCACAUACAUUUUCACCUGAGGCGAGAAUGUUAUUAGAACAUUCUUACGAAGCAAUUAUUGAUGCAGGGAUUAACCCAAAACAACUGCGAGGAAAAAAUACUGCCGUAAUAAUAGGGAUAUCUUUUGUUGAAAUGCAAGAGAAAUUUUUAUAUAAUAAUAUUCAGGUAGGUGAUUUGAAAGUUGUUGGAUGUAGUAAAUCUACAACAGCAACCGCGCUUUCACACUAUUUGGAUGUGAAAGGACCAUCAUAUACAAUCGAUACGGCAUGCAGUUCGAGUCUUUAUGCCAUGGCCGUUGGUUAUGAUUUCAUCAUGUCGGGUAAAUGCGAGGAUGCCAUAAUUGGAUGUGCAAAUAUAUGUUUUCAUCCCGUUUUAAACCUUCAAUUUUCACGUCUAGGUGUUUUGUCAUCCGAUGGUUACUGCAGGCCUUUUGACAUCGCAGCAGAUGGAUAUUCGCGUAGCGAUACGAUAGCAGUGGCAUACUUACAGAAAGCAAAGAAUGCAAAACGGAUUUAUGCCAUAUGUCCGUAUAUUAAAUUAAAUAGCGAUGGCUAUAAAAAAGAAGGAAUAACGUAUCCAUCGUCGCUUAUGCAAAGUACUUUACUAACAGAAUUUUACAAUGAGUGUAAAAUACCGAUAUCUUGCUUGGAUUACAUUGAAGCACAUGGUACCGCAACCAAAGUUGGCGAUCUUCAGGAAGUCAAAGCUCUUCAUGAUGUUUUUUGUAAGAACAGAAAAACGCCAUUAAUGAUUGGUUCCGUCAAAUCUAACCUUGGUCAUGCUGAACCUGCAAGUGGUUUUACUCAGAUAGUUAAGGCUCUAUUAGCAUUCGAAACUGGUUUUGUACCGCCAAACAUCAAUUACACAUCACCACGGAACGAUAUAGAUGCUUUAAUAAAUGGAACUAUUUGCGUAGUCAAAGAACCAAUGCCACUUAAAAAUGGUUUUAUAGGUAUCAAUUCUUUCGGUUUUGGGGGAGCUAACGCUCAUAUGUUGUUAAAAUGGAAUAGCAAACAGAAAAUUAAUAAUUGAGCAACAAAUGAUGAUUUACCUAGACUUGUAAUACUAUCUGGUCGCACUGAAGAAUCAGUGAAAAUAUUUUUAAACGACGUCGUUAGUCAUUCAACAGACAUAGAAUAUAUUCGAUUACUACACGACAUCUUUACUGACGUUAUAGAUGGUCAUCCAUGGAGAGGAUUUAUUAUACUUAAUAACAUGAUACAAGAUAAUUCAAUAAAAGAAAUUCAAAAUUGUGAAAGCAUAAAAAGACCUGUUUGGUUUAUAUUUUCUGCAUUUUCUGAACACACGCAAUGGCCAGGAAUGGGUCAAGACUUAUUAAAAUUCCAUGUAUUUGCAAAUACAAUAAAAAAGUGCGAUAUAGUUUUAAAACCGUAUGGUAUAAAUGUCACAGACAUUUUGUUAGAAACAGAUGGAAAAGUAUGCGAAAACGCGUUGUACGCGUUUAUUGGCAUCGUUGCUGUUCAAAUUGGCUUAGUAGACCUCUUGACAUCCUUAGGAAUUAAUCCGGAUUACAUGAUUAGUCAUUCCGCUGGGGAACUCGGUUGUGCCUACGCGGAUAAAUGUCUUACAAUUGAACAAACCAUUUUGUCAGCAUACUUUAUAGGUUUGGCAUGUGUCGAAGGAAAAGUAAUUCGUAGCUCUAUGGCACUUAUCAGUCUUGAUUACAAAAGCCUAGAAAAUAUGUGUUCAACGGAUAUUGAAAUAAUAUGUCGCAAUAGCGAAAACAGUAACAUUGUGUGUGGACAUACAGAAUCCAUAAAAAAAUUUAUAAAAAGAUUACAGCUUAAUAAUAUUCACGUGAAAGAGCUCUACUGCGACGUACCAUAUCACAGUUCUUAUCUCGCAACUGUGAAGACUCAGCUUCUGUUAAACUUAAACAAUGUAAUACCACAGCCAAAGAAACGGAGUUCAAAGUGGAUCAGUUCUUCAAUACCUCGAACGGAAUGGUUCACUUCAGCGUCAAACUUAUCAUCGGCUGACUAUCAUGCGCGUAGCAUAUUAAAUACUGUCCUCUUUGAACAAAUAAUGCCUCUGAUUCCAAGUAACGCUGUGACUAUCGAAAUCGGACCAGACUGCAUUUUGCAACACAUUUUGAAAGAAUCCUUGCAUCCAAAAGUGACAAACAUUGUAUUAAAACAACGCACUAAACAAGAUAUCGAACUAUUUUUACAAGGAAUUGGUAAGCUCUACAAUUGUGGUUUACAACCACAGGUUGCCAAUUUAUACCCACCAGUAAAAUUUCCAGUUAGCCGAGGAACUCCUAUGAUCUCUCCAUCAAUCAGAUGGGAUCAUUCCAAAGAUUGGUUUAUAACUAGAUACGAAUCAUACCAGUAUUGUAAAUCCAGAGAAAGGCAUGUCGAAAUCCUACUUAGCGAUGAGGGCUAUGAUUAUAUGAGUGGACAUAUAAUAGAUGGGAAAAAUUUAUUACCGGCAACAGGUUAUCUUGCACUUGUUUGGGAAACUGUAGGCAUGAUAAAAAAGCAAAUAUAUACAACAAUACCGAUAAUAUUCGAAGAUGUAAACUUUAUUCGUGCUACCCAUUUAUCAAGCAAUGAAGCUACAAAAUUAACGAUUGCAAUACAGAAAGAUGGAAAGUUUGAAAUAACUGAAGGAAACAGCAUUGUAGUAACAGGUAGAAUAAAUAUAUCGAAUGCAGAUCAAGAAAUUACUUCUACAAAUAUAUUACCAGAAAAUAAGGAAGAAGAAUAUAUGACUGCACGAGAUAUCUACAAAGAAUUAAAAUUGCGUGGCUACCAGUACAGUGGUUGGUUUCGCGGAUUACACAGCGCAUCCAUUUCAGGCAACAAAGGACAUGUCGUUUGGAAAGGAAAUUGGGUAACAUUUAUGGAUAACAUGCUACAAAUGCAUAUUAUCGGAUAUGACACCAGGAAUUUGUAUGUCCCUACGAGUAUUCGAAAAUUGGUGAUUGAUCCUACACUUCAUGCUAACAAGCUACAUUACGAAAGGAAUAACGUGGCUGUUGCAACACAGACAAAUAAACAUGUCUUAUUACCGAUACAUAUAUACAGAGAGAUAGACACAAUUAUAUCUGGCGGAGUAGAGAUACAAGGCCUUAAGGCUACUCAGAUUUCGCGUCGGAAAUUAAACCAAGAUGCUGUUAUCGAACAAUACAGAUUUAUAGCGCAUCAAGAUCACGUUGAGAUUCCUUUAAAUGAAGCGAUUCGGAUAUCGGCGCAACUCGCGCUGGAAGAUCAUCAAAUCACUAAAGUGAAAGCCAUUGAAUUGGUGGAAAACGCUGACGAUGUUACAUUAGAAUUCCUUUCAUCUUCGUUACUAAUUCAGGCUUUUGAGGAUAUGCCAUUAAUACAAACAAAUAUCACUCUAUUAACAUCGCCAAAUCGUUUUAGUUCAGCAGACUUAUCACAAAAUAUUUUAAUCGCUGAUAUGAACAAACCAACUGUAAACGAUAAAGUCUUAAUAGCUGCCGGAUUUAAUCUUUUGUCUAAACAACAAACUUCUUUAGAGCGACUUUUGUCAUUUCUAAAAGAGGGUGGCUAUCUGUUGACGCGUGAAAAGUGCGACAUAUGUGACUACAGCAAGUAUCAACAACAAUACGAAUUAAACGUUAUUCUUAAAAAACGCACUGAUAAAGAAAUAAUUGUUCUUCUGAAGAAGAAAGUUUAUGUAAAGAACCGGAUUGUUGUUCAUAUAAAUAAUAAUAAUUUUAACUGGUUAAAUGAUUUAAAACCGUUUGUAAGUGGCGAAAACAAACUCGAGGAGGAUAGUAGAAUCAUAGUUGUUGGAGAGGGAGACUCUGAGUGUGGUCUGUUGGGUUUUGUUAACUGCUUGAGAAAAGAACCAGGUGGAGAACGUGUUAGGGGUGUGUUUAUUCAAGACACGGAGGCUUCGAAAUUUUCUCUUCAAGACCCCUUCUAUUUAGAACAAUUGAAGAAAGACAUGACUGUCAAUGUAUUACGGACUAAUAAAAUUUGGGGUUCGUACAGACAUUUACGAUUACCACGACGGGAAGUUGAACCUGUUCCUACCGCUCACGUUAGCCAAACGAUUUGUGGUCAUCUGAGCACAUUUUGUUGGACAGAAAGUGAUGUAUCUGUCCGCUAUCGUCGUGAAGACUUAGUACAUGUUGUAUAUUCAUCCCUUAAUUUUAAAGAUGUAAUGCUUACUACUGGUAAAUUAAUAAAUAAUAUGGCGCUUUCUCGAGGACGGUUAUUUGAAUGUAAUCCUAUUGGAUUGGAAUACGUUGGAUUCGAUGCCACAGGGCAACGAGUAUUGGGAGUAAAUUAUACUAAUUGUAUAGCAAAUGUUGUCGUAAAAAGUAAAGAUUUAUGUUGGAAAGUACCGGACGCAUGGACAUUUGAAGAAGCUGCGACAGUUCCAUGCGUUUAUAGUACAGUUUACCUCGCCUUAUACAUUUAUGGAAAAAUAAGAAAAGGCGAUAAAAUACUUAUUCACUCUGGUACUGGUGGCAUUGGACAGGCAGCUAUUCAUGUCGCUCUCAAAGAAGGAUGCGAAGUGUUCACUACUGUAGGCACAAGCAACAAACGCAAUUUUAUUAAAAAGGUGUUUCCUACAAUUUUGGAUAAACAUAUUGGAAAUUCUCGAGAUACCAGCUUCGAACAAAUGAUAAUGCAGCAAACGAACGGUCGCGGAGUUGACAUUGUGUUGAAUUCAUUAGCAGAAGAGAAACUAAUUGCCUCCGUUCGUUGUUUAGCUCAAAACGGUCGUUUUUUGGAGAUCGGAAAAUUUGAUCUUGUUUCUAAUAAUCUUCUUUGCACUUUUGACUUUCAAAAAGGUAUUAGCUUUCAUGGAAUUUUAUUGGACAAUAUAGUUAUUGAUGAUCAUAAGUAUAAAUCUGUAUUAUAUAAAAUAAUAAACGAUGAUCUUAAGAACGGAACCAUCAAACCUAUCCAAGUAAAAGUUUUCCCGAAAACAGAUAUUGAAGAAGCUUUUAGAUACAUGGCGAGUGGAAAACACAUUGGAAAAAUUAUUAUAAAUAUUCGAGAAAAAAAUAAACUUUUAAAUGAGCCCAUUAUCGCAUAUCGUCGUUAUUAUUGUCUCAAGAACAAAAGUUAUAUUAUAUUAGGGGGUUUGGGUGGAUUUGGUUUGGAGUUAACAGACUGGCUAAUAUUUCGUGGUGCUAGAAACAUAGUAUUGGUUUCACGAAAUGGGAUAAAAAACGGUUACCAACGCAUGAAGAUUCGACUAUGGGAAUCAUAUGGUGUAAAUGUGUUAAUCAUCAAGAAUAUCGAUGUUGCUGAUCCCGAAGGUUGUGAAUACCUCUUGCGAACUGUAGAAAGCAAAGCACCAGUGGACGCGAUAUUCAACCUCGGUGUAGUGUUGAAAGAUAAUGUUCUAAAGAAUCAAACGGCCGAGACAUUUGCAGAGUCAUUUCAGUCAAAGGCUCGAGCGACACAAAAUUUGGACAAACUGUCCAGAAAGUUUUGCCCUAAACUAAAGCAUUUCGUAGUGUUCUCUUCCGUUUCCUGUGGUAGAGGCAAUGCUGGAUAGACGAAUUAUGGCAUGGCUAACUCUGUUAUGGAAAGAGUGUGUGAAAAGAGAGCGGAGGAAGGGUUACCCGGAUUGGCAAUUCAAUGGGGAGCUGUUGGUGACGUGGGUCUCGUCGCUGACAUGCAGGAGGACGAUAAGGAAGUGAUUAUCGGUGGUACCUUACAACAAAAAAUAUCCUACUGUCUUGACGAACUUGAUAAAUUUUUACUUCAAAGCCACCCUGUUGUGAGUAGUAUGAUAGUAGCUGAAAAGAAAUUGGGAUCUAUCGGACAUGGAAGUCCGACAGAAGCUGUCGCCGGUAUUUUAGAUAUAAAAGACAUGAAAGUUGUAAGUCAACAUACAUCUCUGGCUGAACUUGGAAUGGACUCCAUGAUGAACGUAGAAGUCAAACAAACUUUGGAGCGAGAAUUUGAUAUACUUCUUACUUCACAAGAGAUAUCUAAUCUCACUUUUGCGAAACUUAAUAACAUGUCCAAAAUAGAUGUCAGUGAUAAUAAUGCGCAGAAUAAAAAGGAUCUUGAUGAAGAGUCAAAUGUCAUAAAACUUUUAGUUGGUAUUGUAAAAGACGAAGAUUAUAUCUCCAAAAUUUGUUUCGAACUUUCGACUAAAAAAAAGAAUACUACGACUGAAGUUUUUCUUGUACCAGGAAUUGAUGGAUGUGGAACGGUAUUUAACCAUUUAACAGCAAAUAUUAAAUUUUCAGCAACAUCUUUGCAUUAUAGCAUAAAUAAUAUUGAUGCAACAGAUGUCAUAUUGGAAACAACUAAUCGUCUUACCAAUCAUAUAUUACCAAAAUUAAAAGGCGGAAAAGACUUUGUAAUGGUAGGAUAUUCCUUCGGGUCUAUUAUUGCAAUUGAGUUAACAAGAAAAUUGGAAGCCAUGAAAUUCAAAGGUCGUUUGGUUCUUAUCGACGGCACUCCUGCACAAAUGAAAAUGAUGUACAAAAAUUUUACCUCAAAUUCUAACGAUACGGAUCUUCAGUUUGUCAUUUUAACUAAUAUUAUGGAAAUUUAUUCCCCCGGAUCUAGUAAAAAGAUUGUAAUGGAAUUGGAGAAAUGUAAUACUUGGAAGGAGCGAUACGAUAUUUUUGCAAGAUCGUUUUUAGUUAUGAAUACGUUACUGUCUCCAGCAAAUUUAAAAACGCUGUGUAUCACAGUUUAUAAACAUUCAUCCGCUAUUCGACACUACGAUCCUUCUACCUUGCCACCAAUUAAAUCUCCCAUAAUUUUGCUAAAACCUACACAACCAUUACAUAUAUCAAUGGCGGAUGAAGAUUAUGGUUUGCAUAAGGUUACUCAAAAUAUGAUUCAAGUACAUUACGUCGACGGUAAUCAUGUAACAAUAUUGAGAAAUGAAGAAGUGUCAGCUGCAAUUAAUGGGGAACCACCUUUUAUCAUUUGACGUUAUAAUUUAUAACAUUAUUGAAAAAUGAAAAAGU